AUGUCUUCUCAGCCUCCUUUUGAUCCGUUGCUUCCAGCAGAUCCUAAGGAUAGGACUGCCAAAAAUCCGCGUUCUAUCAGCCAACCGGCAUCUCAACUCGCUAUUUCCUCUCAACCUGCUCCAUCUACUGCUGCUCCUACUGCUUUAUCAUCUUAUGGAUCCUCGCAACUGCCAGUCCCCCAAUUGCAUCAUCAGAACUCUCAGAAUUCCCAGCUGCAUCCUCCCCGUCUUCAGAAAUCUAGCAGAUCUAUAAGAUCCACACCACUUCCUCCAAAUCACAUCCUAGUCAAACAGCAUUCCACCCAUCCUCCUUCCUAUCAUAGACAAUUUGUUCUUCUCAGAGAUCGAGAUAAGUCCGCCAACAGCCAUAGUCCUCUGCUUGGUUGCACUUCUCCCAAUGUUAGUGCAUCAGGUGGAACUGCUACUCCGGGUGCUAGUACUGCCGCUUCGCUAGGUCCUGCUAUGGAUUCUUCUAUGGGACAUGGAACAUUCAUCUCUACAGGCUCUCUUCCAAGCUCUCCUCUACUCAAUGCCACUGUUAAAACCAACAAGUCCAAGCAUCCUAAACGCGAAUCAUCUCGUUUCAUCUUUAGCGUCGACGAUAACGAAGACGAGAUCGAAGAAGACCUGAGCCGUGAUUAUAUAGAAGGAUAUGGCGAGGCUCUUCGUCAAAGACGGAGACCUCAAAGAACAUUGUCUGCGCAGCAGCCCGGUGAUAUUUUGCCUCAUUCCAGUAUAGCCGAUCUAAAGGCUCGCCCCAAAGAGGUCACAGCUACUGCACCGGGUUCUACUACCACGGGUGGCGAUGAUAAUUUAACCGUUCUAAACAACUCUGAUGACACUACUCUUCGUAAAAUGCCUUCUAGGUACUCCGUUUACGAUCAGUCCUCCGAAAUAGAUCGCCCUUCGGAGCAGGCUGAUGAUUUUUUGACCCCUGCGGGACGCGUGUCUACAGUUCCACUGGAUAUGGAACUGGAGGAUGAAGAUUACCUAGACAAUGAAUCAAUAAGCUCCAACGAAAGUUUCACCUUAAGAGAACGCCAGGAUGCAAUUAACGAGACACAUCCUUUUGGUAUCCGUAUUUGGAAACCUGCAGUCUAUAAAAAGCAUCGUUCUGUCGAAGAGGCGGCUGAACAUGACAUUCACUCCACUCCUAAAACAGCCGGAACUGUUGGUAAAAGUGUCAAACUCUUCAACUUUUUGUGGACCAUCACAUUUGGCCUUUUACUAUUUCUCAUUUGCAUAGUGUUGAGCUCUAUCAUUGCCAUUUGCUCUACAUUCACUUCUCAUUCCACGGAUGAAUCUUUUGAAUAUGCAAAAUUGUAUUUUAGAUUGGGCCUUUACUUUUUCUAUCCUUUCGGAAAGAUUGUUUUUUUGAACUCGGAGAAGAACUAUCUGGAAGAAGAUGCUCAUAUUGGAACGUCCCUGGCUGAGUUCAGACGCUGGCGUGCACAAAAUGAGGGAAGACUUUUCUUUUCCGCUCCUAAUGCCAUGAUGGGUCAUGCCUCAGAAAGCACCCCUCUAAGUACAACAUCCAGUAACUCAUACUUCUUAAAUGAUGGAAACGAAAAUCCGAACCAUAAUGACGAUGAUGAUGAUGACGACGACACUACUUUCAAGAAAAGACUUUUUGGAAGAGGACAAUGGAAUAUCGGAAGGGUUGUGUUCUUUAUCCUGUUCUACUUGGUAAUCAUUCCAGUUACUUCUUUCAUUGCAAUUAUUCAAUGGCUGGGUGUCUUUACCAUUCCAAUGGCCAAAGUUUUGAUUAUUCUUGGUAACCACAUUCGUCGCCAUCCAUUAGCUCUCUCUUUUGAGCCGGAAAAGGAGUAUUACGAAAAAAGAUUAAAUGCCAACCCCAAGAACGAGUCGAUUUUAAUCUGUACCUACAGAUCCUUUGGGUUACAUUACUACAAGUACACAGUUGAUGGAACAAACAUUUUUUUCAUCAAUAUGAACUUCCUAGUAGCCUUCACCAUUCUUGACUUUUACUUUGUUAAGAAGAGUUUAGGAAUAUCAACCUGGAUCACCGAUCCUUCGUUGAUUUUUGUUCUUUGCUUAACUUCCAUUAUUCCGUUGGCUUACUUCAUAGGACAAGCAGUGGCAUCCAUUUCUGCUCAGACUUCCAUGGGCGUUGGCGCUGUUAUCAACGCAUUCUUUUCAACAAUUGUAGAAGUUUUCUUAUAUGGUGUGGCCCUAGAUCAAUCCAAGGGUAAGUUGGUAGAGGGCUCUAUCAUCGGCUCGAUAUUGGGUGCUGUGCUUCUUCUUCCUGGUAUGUCUAUGUGCAGCGGUGCCAUCAACCGAAAGACGCAGAGAUAUAAUCCUGCAUCCGCCGGUGUUUCAUCCACUAUGCUUCUAUAUGCUACAUUGGUCAUGCUUUCUCCUACCAUAUUAUACCAGAUAUUUGGCAGAUACGAGGAAAGAUGCGAAAGUUGUGCGGUGGAACCCAAUGCUGGUGAAACUUGCAAGCGUUGCCAUUUGGUUCAGUCAUCUGUUGUUAUAGACAAACUAUUUCUAGACUAUUUAAGACCCUUCUCCAUGAUUUGUGCCAUCUGUCUCUUCACUGCGUACUGCAUUGGAUUAUUGUUUACUUUGAAGACGCACGCCGCACUGAUUUGGAGCACCCCGGUGACAGGCGACAAGGAGAAACAUACCGGUACCACAAAUACUCCAGAUAAUUCUAGUGUCACCUCAAUGAACUUAUCCAAAAGACCAUCAAAACUGCAGAUUUCUAUGGAGCAGUCUGCCUUAUCAAGAAAUCUAACUAGAAAUGCGACCUCUGUUCAACAGCAGGUGCAACCAAAGUUGGCACUACAGCUACCCCAAGAAGCAGAAGGUAAUCACGAUGCUCCCAAUUGGUCUAGAACCAAAUCCACUACCAUUUUGCUUUUAGCUACCUUAACUUAUGCUAUUAUUGCCGAGAUGCUAGUUGAUGUGGUGGAUGAUGUGUUAAAGAAAUUCCCUAUUAAUGCCAAGCUCUUGGGUUUAACAGUCUUUGCACUAGUGCCAAAUACCACCGAAUUCAUUAACGCUAUCCUGUUUGCCAUGCACGGAAAUGUGGCACUUUCCAUGGAAAUUGGUUCUGCAUAUGCAUUACAAGUGUGCUUACUACAGAUUCCUAUCAUCGUAGUGUACUCUUGUUGGUCAGGUGUCAAAGCAGGGAUAUUCGACAUCACCAAGAUAUUUACACUGAUUUUCCCUCGUUGGGACUUUGUGGCAUGCCUUAUGUCCGUCUACAUGUUCACAUAUAUUUAUGCUGAAGGUAAAUCCAACUACUUCAAAGGAUCUAUUUUGAUUUUACUUUACAUUUCGAUCAUUUUUGGAUUCUAUGUUGCAAUUACGAUCGAUUCGAAGUAUGAGGAAGAUAUUCUAGAUGUGGUACAAGACGUUAGAUGGAGAUGA